AUGUUCGAGGCUCGGCUUACGCAGGCUGAUGUAUGGAAGAAGGUCAUUGAUGCAAUAAAAGACCUCGUACAAGAAGCAACUCUUGAUUGUACAGAAAAUGGUAUCAGUUUACAAGCUAUGGAUAAUGCCCAUGUGAGCUUGGUGUCUUUGCUUCUGCGGAGUGAUGGCUUUGAGACAUACAGAUGUGAUAGGAAUCUUUCAUUAGGCCUGAACAUCACAAGUGCGUCUAAAAUUCUACGAUGUGCUAGUGGGAACGAUGCAAUUACUCUUAAGGCUGGAGAUAAAGCUGAUACACUGACAUUUGUUUUUGAGUCGAAAUCCCAAGAUCGGUCAUCGGAAUUUGAGAUCAAAUUAAUGGAUUUAGAUGUUGACCACCUGGGUAUUCCCGAUACUGAUUAUAAGUGCAUCAUACGAAUGCCUUCUGCACAGUUACAAAGGAUAUGUCGAGACCUAAGCCAAAUAGGAGAUUCCGUCGUAAUAUCAGUUGCUAAAGAUGGUGUUUCGUUCAGCUCAAACGGUGAUUUGGGUACUGGAAAUGUCAAGCUUUGUCAGUCCGCUAACGCUGACAAGCCCGAGGAGUCUGUUUCAAUAGAAAUGCACGAGCCUGUUUGCAUGACUUAUUCCUUGCACUACUUCAACAUAUUCACUAAAGCCGCUCCACUCUCAAGCCAAGUUGUAUUAUCUCUGACUGAGAACGUCCCUGCAGUUGUGGAGUUUGAAAUUGAAGACCUAGGUUAUAUCCGGUAUUAUUUAGCACCGAAAAUUGAAGAUGAUGCCGACUAG